UCUCACUCUCAUCAGACGACGGCCCCAACAGAAAAAUCGUCCCUUUCCUUCCUCCCCUCACUUGCCGUCUCCAUCUCGCUCACGCGGCUGCCGGCCGCCUUCGCCGCUUGCCUCCGCCUCCGCCUUGCUCUCCUCGCAUCGCACGCACGGCUCAGCUCGCUGCCGCUUCGAGGUGCAUGGCGCCGGCGCACCGCCGAGGAUGAGAGUCUGGGCCUUGACCACCACAACCAGUACCGCCUCUCUUGCAUCAACCCGUACUUCUUCAACCAAGGCGACGCCGGCGAGGAGAAGCCGCGGCGAUGGGGAACUGCGGCACGCGGGAGGAGAAUGCCGUCGUCGCCGCGCACGCGCAUGUUCAGCAGCUCCACUUGCUGCAGCAUUCUGCCAAGAACCCUCUUGCAGAUAGGAAGCACAACCGCACCUCGUCGGAUAUAAGUGACCCUUCGACACCUGGCAAAAUCGAAGAUGUCAAGGACAUUUCAAUAUAUAACAAUGUGAUUGCCUUCACAUUGUUUGAGCUUGAAACAAUCACAAAGAGCUUUCGUGUGGAUUAUGUUCUCGGUGAAGGAGGCUUUGGGACUGUUUACAAGGGUUACAUAGAUGAGAAUGUCAGGGUUGGUCUGAAAUCGCUGCCUGUUGCCGUCAAGGUGCUCAACAAAGAUGGACAUCAAGGACACAGAGAAUGGCUUACUGAGGUUAAUUUCCUGGGGCAGCUGAGGCAUCCAAAUCUAGUAAAGUUGAUUGGAUAUUGCUGCGAAGAUGAACACAGGCUGCUUGUCUAUGAGUUCAUGUUUCGUGGAAGUCUAGAGAACCACUUAUUCCGAAAAACAGCUACCUCAUUACCCUGGGCUACUAGGAUGUCGAUCGCACUGGGAGCUGCCAAAGGGUUGGCUUGUCUCCACAAUGCUGAAAGGCCUGUUAUCUACAGAGAUUUCAAGACCUCGAAUAUUCUGCUGGACUCUGAUUACACUGCUAAACUAUCUGACUUUGGCCUGGCAAAAGCUGGCCCAGAAGGUGAUCAGACUCAUGUAUCAACUCGGGUGAUGGGAACAUAUGGUUAUGCUGCCCCUGAAUAUGUGAUGACCGGUCACUUGACUGCUAGAAGUGAUGUCUACAGCUUUGGUGUUGUCCUUCUCGAGCUACUAACAGGGCGCAAGUCCAUCGACAAGUCACGGUCCAGCAGGGAGCACAGCCUGGUUGACUGGGCCUGCCCCAAGCUGAAUGACAAGAGGAGGCUUCUCCAAAUCAUUGACCCAAGACUGGAGGGACAGUAUUCAGUUAGAGCCGCUCACAAAGCCUGCAGCCUGGCAUACUACUGCUUGAGCCAAAACCCCAAGGCAAGGCCUCUGAUGAGCGACGUCGUCGAGACCCUUGAGCCAUUGCAGUUACAGGGCAGCGAUGUCCAGUCUACCCAUGCUGGCGGCCUCCCUGACUACAGAAUUCACCGUAGGCUAACGGGGAACAGCGUUCACUGCAGGCCCAUCCCGAACCCAAAAUGCUCCCCUGCUGUCCCAGCGUGCAGGGUGCGGUGAGCAAGAGCCUGAUGUUUCAGCUGCUGCCUGGAGAUGAAAUAGGUUCAGUUGUAAAUUGCAGGCCUGGACAACCGUGGAUGGCGCUUUCUUGCGUGCAUGUGUGCGCUUGUGUGUCCUGCGUGUUUGUUUCUUGUUCUUCUUCCUUUUUUGCUCGGUUUUCUGGUUUGUAAAUUUGAUCUGCGUGCUGCUGCUGCUGCUGCUUUAAGGCCCUCUAGUUUUCUUGCUGUGGUCUUAUGUGGUCCUAGACAGAGUGAGUCCUGCCAAAAAACCAGCAGGUUUAACCCUAGAAAUGAAAAAUGCUGAACUCUUAUGUUGAUAUGCUGAGAUGGAAGUGUCGUGACAUCGCUGAAGCUCCAUCCAGGAAGGGAAUUAUCAGUAUGAAAAUUGCUUCAAAUGUCUUCUGUUGUUUUACAUUAUUUAUGGGUUGUUGCACCACCUCUUGGAUUCGUUGAGCUGUAACCUUCUGAUGUUACUGGGGGAAUAUUAAGUGGAAAUGCAUCAUCUUUUUGAAA